GGGAUAAAUAUAUGAGGGAUCACAUGGGCAGUUGAUGCCUUUGAUGGGUCUGAGCACCCUUAUUUAAGCACUGAAUCGAAAAAUACAGUACUCAUCUUCUUCAUCAUUGUGUUUUGAUAUAUUGGCCGAGUAAGAAAAAUGUCGAAAAACGGCAUUCUUGCAAUGUUGAUCAUCCUUUCCAUCUGCAAUGUUUUCAUCAAUGUGGACGCGUUCACGGCUUCUGGCUGGCAGAGUGCUCAUGCUACUUUCUAUGGAGGCAGUGACGCCUCUGGAACGAUGGCUGGAGCUUGUGGGUACGGUAACACCUAUACAACUGGCUAUGGAGUAGCGACUGCAGCUUUGAGCACUGCAUUGUUCAAUGGAGGGGCAUCAUGUGGGCAAUGCUACAGGAUUGUUUGUGAUUAUAGCGCGGAUACACAAUUUUGUAUUAAAGGAACAUCGAUUACAGUCACCGCGAGUGACUUUUGCCCACCUAAUUGGUCUGAACCAAGCGACAAUGGAGGGUGGUGCAAUCCUCCCCGCCAGCAUUUCGACAUGAGUGAACCUGCUUGGUUAAAUAUUGGGAUUUACGUUGGUGGGAUCGUGCCAGUAUUGUACCAAAGGGUCCCAUGCAAGAAACAUGGUGGAGUUAGAUUCACAAUCAAUGGCAAUGACUGGUUUCUUCUCGUAUUGAUAACCAAUGUGGGUGGGGCUGGAUCUAUUCAAUCUGUACAAAUCAAAGGCUCAAAUACUAAUUGGAUGACCAUGACAUGUAACUGGGGAGUAAACUGGCAAUCCAGUGCCUAUCUCGUUGGCCAAUCUAUCUCUUUUAGGGUCACAACAUCUGAUGGAGAAGUCCAAAUAUUUCCAAACAUUGCACCUUCAAAUUGGUGUAUUGGCCAGACCUUCUCUAGCCUAGUUCAGUUCUACUGAAACUUCCAUUUCGGGUUUCAGGAUUGAGGAGGGUUUGUGAUUUCUGUUGCUGGAGCGUGCUUUUUUUUAAUUUUAAGCAGCCCGCCAAUUUUUUUUUUUUUUUUUGUACGUAUUUACACCAUUUGUUGGGAAUAAGGAAGAUAAAAGAAUAAAGUUGAUGGUUGAGACUGGUUGAACGCAUGAAUUUGCAAAGUAGACAAAUGGUUUUGGACACCCCAAAUUGAAAAAAUGAAUAUACAGAAUGGGGAAAAAGGAUUAACAGUGGUGAUGUCUUCUGACAUGGCAAUCGCAUCUCGUUAGGGAAUAGAUACCCUGCAGCUAGCAGCUGAGUACGAUGAUGGAGGUUGGGAAAGGAUUCCAGGCUACGCCAGGGGAAAGGGUGGUGGAAGAGGUUGUAACUUCCGUGGGGAUGGAAGAGGAGGAUACAACAAAGAAGCUCCCUUUCAAGUCCGUGGUGUUGCUUCAAAUUGAUUAUUCCAAAUUGCCUGCAUGCGCCAGAAUUGAAAACUCCUUUCUAUCGAUGACAAAAAAGUACUCCACACCCGGUGCCUGGAACUGUUCUUGGAAUUGCUUGCAAACUGCUCAUAGGAUUUCCAAAUGCAGAAUGGUCAUGGUUUUAGAUCUAAUGGUCCGAUACAUGCAGCUGCUGGAGGCACUUAACUAGCAAGGCCCUUUUAGACAUAAUGCAGCGUUUCCGCUUUAUCAUGGUUGAAUGUCCGUCUUUGUUUUAAAAUUUUACUUGGAGGAAGUUAGUGUAGACCAAAUUUGCAAUUUUGAAACUGCAAAGGUGGGUUGAUAUGCUCAAUCAA